AAUGCGAGAACUUGGAAGAUCCAAGCCACAGGUUGUUGGUUACUACUUUCACUUGCUCUUACACUCCCAGUAGCUGUCUUUACUGUCUUCUCCAUUUCCUAUCUUCCUCUGCUGCAAUCUUCCAAAACAAAAUGAGCUGGUGGUGGGCUGGUGAUCUUAGCGCUGCCUGGAAGAAACCGGCAGUUCAAGGGGGCCAAGGAAGCGUGGCCUUGAUAGUAGGAGUAACGGGAAUUGUCGGCAACAGCUUGGCAGAAAUCCUCCCACGCUCCGACACACCAGGCGGUCCAUGGAAAGUUUAUGGAGUGGCCCGUCGUCCUCGUCCAAACUGGCAUGAGAACUGCCCAGUUGAGUACAUCCAGUGUGACAUCUCAGACUCGGCGCUAGCAAAAUCAAAGCUUUCUCAUCUCACUGAUGUUACUCACAUUUUUUAUGUCACCUGGGCCAGCCGAUCCAACGAAGCAGAGAACUGCAAGAUCAACGGCCUCAUGUUCCGAAACCUUCUUCAGGCUGUUGUCCCCAUCGCCACUAAUCUCCGCCACGUCUGCCUCCAAACCGGAACCAAGAACUACAUUGGCCCUUUCGAGUCAUUUUAUAAUUUUGAAUCUCAUGAUCCUCCUUACUCGGAGGAUCUGCCGAGAUUAAAGGUAGACAAUUUUUACUACACUUUGGAAGAUGUUAUGUUCGAGGAAGUGGCAAAGAAAGAGGGAGUGACUUGGUCUGUUCACCGUCCUGAUAUCAUAUUUGGCUUCUCGCCCUAUAGCUUGAUGAAUAUAAUUGUAACUCUUUCUGUUUAUGCUGCUAUAUGCAAGCACGAGGGAGCUCCGUUGAUGUUUCCAGGUACUAAAGAGGCGUGGAACUGUUACGCGAUCGCAUCAGAUGCCGAUCUGGUGGCAGAGCAGGAGAUCUGGGCAUGUGUGGAGCCUAAUGCUCAAAACCAAGCGUUCAAUAUCCACAACGCAGAUUACUUCAAGUGGAAGCAUUUAUGGAAAGUUCUGGCCGAGCAGUUCGGGAUAGAAAAGUACGGGUUCGAAGAGGGGGGGGAAAGAGAGACCUUGGCUGAGAGGAUGAAAGAUAAAGGGCCAGUGUGGGAGGAGAUCGUGAAGAAGAACCAGUUGUCUCCUACGAAGUUAGAGGAGGUUGGGGGCUGGUGGUUUGUGGACACCAUGCUUAGUGGUGAUGCCUUUAUAUCUUGCAUGAAUAAGAGCAAGGAACAUGGAUUCUUGGGGUUUAGGAAUUCCACCAAAUCAUUUGUGCACUGGAUUGGUAAGAUGAGAUCCCAGAAGAUAAUCCCUAAUAAUUUUUCGUCUCUUUAUCGAUUAUCCGAUAACAAAAUGAGCUGCUGGUGGGCUGGUGCCCUUGGCAAUAACCGGAAAAAAUUUUAUGACGAUGACGAGGCAUCACGGGACUACAAGAGUGUGGCGCUGGUGGUGGGUGUAACAGGAAUAGUUGGCAACAGUUUGGCUGAGAUUCUCCCACUUGCGGACACCCCUGGCGGUCCAUGGAAAGUCUAUGGUGUUGCUCGAGGUAAGCGGCCUAACUGGAAUGAAGACAACCCAGUGGAGUACAUCCAGUGUGACAUUUCUGACAGGAACCAAACACAGUCAAAGCUCUCACUGCUGACGGAUGUUACUCACAUCUUUUAUGUUACCUGGGCCAAUCGAGAGACGGAGUCUGAGAACUGCAAGAUAAACGGCCUAAUGUUCCGCAAUGUUCUCGAGGCUGUUAUCCUUAAUGCUCACAAUCUCCGCCACAUCUGCCUCCAAACCGGCACCAAACACUACGUUGGGCCCUUCCAGUUCUUCGGCAAGAUUGAAGCCCAUGAUCCGCCCUUCACUGAGGAUCUGCCUAGAUUGGAAUUCCCCAACUUUUACUACACUCUGGAGGAUAUUCUGUUCCAGGAAGUGGCAAAGAAAGAAGGAUUGACUUGGUCUGUUCACCGACCUGACAACAUCUUCGGGUUCUCGCCUCAUAGUUUGAUGAGUAUUGUUCGCACUCUUUGUGUUUACGCUGCUAUAUGCAAGCAUGAGGGAACUUUAAUGCGGUUUCCUGGGGUGAAAGAGGUUUGGAAUUGUUACGCAAUCGCCUCAGAUGCUGAUCUCAUCGCGGAGCAUGAAAUUUGGGCGUGUGUGGAUCCUAGUGCCAAAAACGAAGCAUUUAAUAUCCACAAUGGAGAUGUGUUUAAAUGGAAGCAUUUGUGGAAGGUUUUGGGAGAACAGUUUGGACUAGAGGAGUAUGGGUUUGUGGAGACAGAGGAGAGGAUAAGCUUGGCAGAGACGAUGAAAGAAAAAGGAGCAGUUUGGGAGGAGAUAGUAAGGGAGAAUCAGCUUCUGCCCACCAAACUGGAGGAAGUGGGGGCGUGGUGGUUUGUCGAUUUGAUAUUUGGCGGGGAAGUUUCUAUACCUAGCAUGAAUAAGAGCAAAGAGCAUGGGUUCCUGGGGUUUAGGAAUUCCAAGAAGUCGUUCAUUUCUUGGAUAGAGAAGAUGAAGGCUAGCAAGGUUGUGCCUUGAGAAACUUGGGCAUGCUGGCUUUUGUUGGUAAUGUGAUUUUUGUACAAAAAUAAGAACCAUGUAGAUUGUACCAUGGGGACAAUGGGGAGAAACAACGUUGUAUCAUGUGUUGAGAACAGUCAGUCUGUUUUGAACUACUAAUAAAAGAAUGUAGCAUAGUCUGUUCUUGCACCA